AUGGACAGAGGCACUUCCAUAUUAAUCACCACCCCCCUCAGCUUACUGUUUCCCUCUACUCAUCACUUUCUUUGCUCUCCUACCCCUCGCUCUCGCCUUCCCUACUCCCCCCUCGCUCUCGCCUUCCCUACUCCCCCCUCGCUCUCGCCUUCCCUACUCCCCCUCGCCUUCCCUACUCCCCCUCGCCUUCCCUACUCCCCCUCGCUCUCGCCUUCCCUACUCCCCCUCGCUCUCGCCUUCCCUACUCCCCCUCGCCUUCCCUACUCCCCCGCUCGCUCCGCCUUCCCUACUCCCCCUCGCCCUCCCUACUCCCCCCGCUCUCGCCUUCCCAACUCCCCUCGCCUCGCCUUCCCUACCCUCCCCUCGCUCUCGCCUUCCCUAUUCCUUACUUCCCCUCGCCUUCCCUACUCCCCCUCGCCCUCGCCUUUCCCCUCGCCUUCCCUACUCCCCCCGCCCCGCUUCUUCCCUACUCCCCCUUCGCGCCGCCUUCCCUACUCCCCCUCGCCCUCUCCUUCCCUACUCCCCCUCGCUCUCGCCUUCCCUACUCCCCCUCGCCUUCCCUACCUCCCUUCCCUACUCCCCUCGCCUUCCCUACUCCCCUCGCCCGCCUUCCCUACUCCCCCUCGCCUUCCCUACUCCCCCCCUCGCUCUCGCCUUCCCUACUCCCCCUCGCCCUCCCUACUCCCCUCGCUCUCGCCUUCCCAACUCCCCCUCGCUCUCGCCUUCCCUACCCUCCCCUCGCUCCCGCCUUCCCUAUUCCUUACUUCCCCCUCGCCUUCCCUACUCCCCUCGCCCUCGCCUUUCCCCCUCGCCCUCGCCUUCCCUACUCCCCCUCGCCCUCGCCUUCCCUACUCCCCCUCGCCCUCCCUACUCCCCCUUCGCGCUCGCCUUCCCUACACCCCUCGCCCUCUCCUUCCCUACUCCCCCUCGCUCUCGCCUUCCCUACCCCCCUCGCUCUCGCCUUCCCUACCCCUCGCUCUCGCCUUCCCUACUCCCCCUCGCUCUCGCCUUCCCUACUCCCCCUCGCCCCGCCUUCCCUACCCUACCCUCGCUCUCGCCUUCCCUACCCUACCCCUCGCCCGCCUUCCCUACUCCCCUCGCCCUCACCGUCCCUACUCCCCCUCGCUCUCGCCUUCCCUACUCCCCCUCGCUCUUGCCUUCCCUACCCCUCGCCUUCCCUACUCCCCCUCGCUCUCGCCUUCCCUACCCCUCGCCUUCCCUACCCUACCCCCUCGCUCACCUUACCUACUCCCCCUCGCCUUCCCUACUCCCCCUCGCCAUCCCUACCACCCCCUCGCUCCCGCCUUCCCAACUCCCCUCGCUCCGCCUUCCCUACCCUACCCCUCGCUCCCGCCUUCCUUCCCCCUCGCCUUCCCUACUCCCCCUCGCCUUCCCUACUCCCCCUCGCCCUCGCCUUCCCUACUCCCCCUCGCCAUCGCUUCCCCUACUCCCCCUCGCCAUCGCCUUCCCUACUCCCCCUCGCUCUCGCCUUCCCUACUCCCCCCGCCCGCUCCCUCUCCCCCUUCCCCUACUCCCCCUCGCUCUCGCCUUCCCUACUCCCCCUCGCCCGCCUUCCCUACCCCCCGCCCGCCUUCCCUACCCCUCGCCUUCCCUACCCUCGCUCCGCCUUCCCUACUCCCUACUCCCCCUCGCUCUCGCCUUACCAACUCCCCCCUCGCCUUCCCUACCCCGCCCGCCUUCCCUACUCCCUACUUCCCCCUCGCCUUCCUUACUUCCCCCUCGCCUUCCUUACUUCCCCUCGCCUUCCCUACCCCUCGCUCUCGCCCUUCCCUACUCCCCCUCGCUCCGCCUUCCCUACUCCCCCUCGCUCUCGCCUUCCCAACUCCCCCUCGCUCCGCCUUCCCAACUCCCCCUCGCUCUCGCUUCCCUACUCCCUACUUCCCCCUCGCCUUCCUUACUUCCCCUCGCCUUCCUUACUUCCCCCUCGCCUUCCUUACUUCCCCCUCGCCUUCCCUACUCCCCUCGCCUUCCCUACCCUCGCCUUCCCUACUCCUCGCCUUCCCUACUCCCCCUCGCUCUCGCCGACUCCCCCUCGCCCUCCCUACUCCCCUCGCCCUCCCUACUCCCUCCUCGCUCCGCCUUCCCUACCCCCUCGCUCUCGCCUUCCCUACCCUACCCCUCGCUCUCACCUUCCCUACUCCCUACUCCCCCCGCCUUCCCUACUCCCCUCUCGCCUUCCCUACUCCCCCUCGCCUUCCCUACUCCCCCCGCUCACGCCUUCCCUACUCCCCCUCGUUCUCGCCUUCCCUACUCCCCCUCGUUCUCGCCUUCCCUACUCCCCCCUCGUUCUCGCCUUCCCUAUCCCUCCACCUCUCCCUCCAUCUCUCUGGCUAA